AUGGCGGUAGGCGGACGAGGGCUCGAGCGGCAACCGCGCGGAGCUGCGGGUGGCCGGAGGUUGACCUGGGAAGAGCAACAACUACGACGCGCCCAGGGAUUAUGUGCUUGUUCGAGGAGGACGAUGUUGAAUGUCAACCUUGGGGACAAGGUUGAAUUUGAAGGGGGAUGGAAUGAUAGCAACCCAUGGACACUCGUUGACGAGAAGAGAUAG